AUCGUGUACGUGUCCAGAGCCCACUCUAAAAUCAAGUCUAUUUUCCCAGUCGGCCAUCCAAUGUAUCGACUGCAGUUGUGUACAGCGUUGAUUUGUCCUCUCUGCGGCACCACCACUGCAAGUCUCCCAGUGGAGAUUGGCUGCAUCAUUGAAGGCUGUCUGUAUGCUGCCGAUAAGGACAGAAAGUACUGUCCACACAGACAUACAUACAGUACAACGCUACAGGUUCCCGUCCCCCGUCCCCCGUCUCCCAUCCAUCAUCCUACAUACUUCAACCAUUCAACUUCUCUAAUUCAACUAAUCAUGUCGUCUUGGACGCUUAACCGCCCUUCAUAUAUGUCCCCUUUACCCCAUACUCAACAAGCUAAUGCCCCGUCCAUGUCCAAGGAUGAUGAUGUUCUGGCCUGCUGAGUUAGACCAUUGAACUAUAUUAAAUACUCUGGAUCGAUAAGUCCAAAAAGGCACUGUCAAUCCUGCAUAUCCCGCUCCACUAGUGAUGGAGCAAUGAGUCUGCUUCCACCCUCUUUGUCGUCCAUCCUUGAUUGAUGGAAUUCUACACAGAAAGGAUCUUUCUUCCUU